AUGGCUUCUCGGCGCCUUGCUCUCAACUUGCACCAGGCAACCCGCACUCGUGCGGCCCUGAAGUCCAUCCAGCCCGUGAAGCGUGGCUUUGCGUCCCCGGUUUUGCCGUCCACCACCCAGUCCACCACCCUCUCCAACGGAUUCACCAUCGCCACUGAUCACUCCCCAUGGGCCCAAACCUCCACGGUCGGCGUCUGGAUCGAUGCCGGUAGCCGGGCAGAGACUGACAAGACCAACGGAACCGCGCACUUCCUUGAGCACCUCGCCUUCAAGGGCACCAACAAGCGCUCCCAGCACCAAUUGGAACUCGAGAUUGAGAACAUGGGUGCUCACCUCAACGCCUACACAUCGAGAGAAAACACCGUCUACUACGCCAAGGCUUUCAACAACGAUGUCCCCAAGGCCGUCGACAUCCUCGCCGAUAUCCUCCAGAACUCCAAGCUCGAGGCUAGCGCCAUUGAGCGUGAGCGCGAUGUGAUCCUGCGCGAGCAGGAGGAGGUUGACAAGCAGCUCGAGGAGGUUGUCUUCGACCACCUGCACGCUACCGCCUACCAGGCUCAGCCCCUUGGCCGCACCAUCCUCGGCCCCAAGGAGAACAUCCAGACCAUCACCCGUGACAACCUGACCAACUACAUCAAGACCAACUACACUGCUGACCGCAUGGUCCUGGUCGGUGCCGGUGGCAUUCCCCACGAGCAGCUUGUUCGUCUCGCCGAGGAGCACUUCGGUAGCCUCCCCAGCCAGCCCCCUACUUCCGCCGCCGCCGCCCUCUCCGCCGAGCAGAAGCGUAUCCCCGAGUUCAUUGGUUCCGAGGUCCGCCUCCGCGAUGACACCAUCCCCUCCGCCCACAUCGCUCUCGCCGUCGAGGGUGUCAGCUGGAAGGACGAUGACUACUUCACCGCUCUCGUCACCCAGGCUAUUGUCGGUAACUGGGACCGCGCCAUGGGCCAGUCUCCUUUCCUCGGCAGCAAGCUCAGCUCCCACGUCAGCCACCACAACCUCGCCAACAGCUUCAUGAGCUUCUCCACCAGCUACAGCGACACCGGUCUCUGGGGUAUCUACCUCGUCAGCGAGAACCUCACUCAGCUCGACGACCUGAUCCACUUCACUCUCCGUGAGUGGUCUCGCCUCUGCAACAACGUCACCUCCGCCGAGGUUGAGCGUGCCAAGGCCCAGCUCAAGGCUUCCAUCCUCCUGUCCCUUGAUGGUACCACCGCCGUCGCUGAGGACAUCGGCCGCCAGAUCAUCACCACUGGUCGCCGUCUCAGCGCCGAGGACAUCGAGCGCACCGUCAGCCAGAUUACCGAGAAGGACGUCAUGGACUUCGCUACUCGCAAGCUGUGGGAUCAGGACCUCGCCAUGUCCGCCGUCGGCAGCAUCGAGGGUAUCCUCGACUACCAGCGCAUCCGUGGAGACAUGUCCCGCAUGAUCUCUUAA